AUGGCGGCGCAAGGCACCUGUUCGACCUCUCCAUCCAACGUGUCUCCCAUGUCUGUGUCGCCGCCAGGACCGCCGCCGACCCCGCCCCCGACCUCGACUGCGAUCUCGAAGUUCCCCCUGGAGUCAAAGGCGAGCUCUUUGAGCCCACUGCCUCGCUCGACCUGCCGCGAGGACUUGUUGCCCCUCGCAGUGUUUUAUGGGCCGCUGGACGCUAAAAACCCACUCCUGGCCUCCUGUGAGAAGGAGAUCCAGGAGUUGCUAGGCUUUAUGAAGAGAAAGAAGGCUUUAGCUACAACGGAGGAACAGAAGCAUGAGUUCCACCGGCGUUGUGCCACCUCUUUGUUUAAUAUCUGGACCAAAUACGCCCCCCGGCUGCCAGCUGCCUAUUACAACGAAAAGCUUCUGAAGGUUGGAGAUAGACUUUGUGAAAUGAAAGAAUAUAAAUUGGCCCUUUUACAGUGCUAUGGGAGAUAUCUUCAGCAGUUCAGCAUCAACUUUGACGAGAAUAAAGCAGAUGUGAACCAAUUCAAAAGUGUCUUUUUUCCAAAAGGCUUUGAAGACAAAAGUGCUGCGCAUACGUUUCAUGCUUUAAGUGGCAGAAGUAUUUGCAACUACCAUCUGGUCUGUGACAGUGACAUGAACCUGCAGAAUAAAGAAUCUGUGGCCCAGUGUCUGCAUAUCUUGUCCUCCUUAAGGCUCAUCAUGCAGGUGGCUUUGUCACAGGAGCAACUUUGCUGGAUUAUAUUCAAUGGUACCAUUUACAUUUACACCAUUUGCAGAAAACUGAUGAUCAUAGGUCACUCUUCUAAGGCCUUGGAAUAUCUCCUGUGGGCCAGUAUAUGUAUGGAAUCCUCGGUCCCACUUCUGUCCAUCAGGUACUUGACGUGGAGAGCUACUCUUUACACCGCUGUCUGCCAAUGCUACUAUGACUGCCAGGCUGGUAUUCACGGAGAGGCAUUCGCUCGGCGUGCUUUGGCUAAAAUUGAUGAGUUAAGGCAACUGGAAUUAAUGAGUUCCUCACAAUCACAGGAAGAAUCCAGAGGAUAUUAUAGAGAGGCCACGAUAAAGAUGGCAGUCAUGAUCUUCAAAAGGGGAGUAUUCGAAUCUAGAAGAAAAAACAAAAGUUUCUUUAGACCAAAGAUAAGAGUUAACCUAAAGGAAGCACAAACUUUGCCGUGGCCACGUACUGUCACAGAACGGUUGUUGGAUGAGAUGUUUGAUAGCACUGCAUCCCGGUUUCUGGCUGUCUUGGAGGCUCUCUCUGACUCAAACCGGCGAACACUACAAACUGGUCCCGUUGUUACAGAUGAAGUAGAAGUUCAUGAUGUUGUCUCAGAACUGUUUAUAGCAGGAAAAGAACUUUUAAUAAUGUCAAAUACCAGUGCAGAUGGCAUGCUUGAUUUUCCAAAAUCUUCUCUUCUGGAACUUAUUAUAAGAAGGAAAAAUGUUAUUUCUAUGGAUGCUGCCGUGAAAUUUAUAAAACUAGCUUUUACUUACGAGGAAUGGAGUUUAUUUGAAUCUGCAGCUGGGCAGCUUAUUGAUUUUCUCCAGAGGCAGGAUGAUCCAGAGUCAAAGAAAGCAGAGAAAGAUUUAAUUCUUCUUAUUGCAAUAGAACCUUUAAUCAACGUAAAGAGAAACAAAGGUUUGAUCUUUCCCCUCGAAAACUACAAAGGAGGUCAAGUUUACGUUAAAAAAAUUGCUCUUCAUGAUACUUCUGUGAAGACUUGUGGAUAUUCAGAAGACAUUUUCCAUUUGGCGGCAACCUUGUAUUCCUGUGUCUGUGGCCCUCAACAGAAUGCUCAGCCUGAUAAAGAAAUCGUUGUGGACAUGAUAAUGUUCCUUUGGCAGAAAUGCAAAGUAGGAAUUCAGCGGGUCAAUGUGUCCAGAAAUGACUAUGCAAAGUUCACCCAGAAAAUCAGUACUAAUAAAUGGGUUUAUCUUCUGUGGCAGAUAAAUGAAAUAAUUCACUGCUAUAAAAUGGAAGACAUUGAUGUUGUGGUGGUGGCAGAGGUCGCAUUACGAUUAAGUGAAAUAUUGGAGUCUUUAGGAAACCCAAGAAGAAAAUUUAAAAAAUUUCUAGAUAUACCUUUAAGGAAAGGGACUAGUGAAUUCCUUGGGGCUCCAAAAGGGAGUGUGGAAACUCUUCCAAUAUUAAAGAAAAAACCUGAGGAACAGUUAUUUUUGGCCUAUGAACUUCUUGACAAAGCCAUUGGUGGAAUAAAUUUGAAUUGCAUGUUAACUGCUUUGCCAAAUGGAUCAUCAGUGGUUGACCAUUGCUAUGCCACGCACACCCACUGUAUAGAUGCAGACACGUGCAAACCAGUCACACGGAAUAGUUUCAUAAUGGAUUUGCAUCUUGAACUAAUUGAAGCCCAGCACCGAAUGGCCGUUGUGCUUCUUGACCAAUUGCAAGUUUUGCAGACUCCAACUGUUAGCAAAAAUAUAUCUACCAAAGGUCCAGAAAAGCCAAAAAAACCUGGAAGUCCUGAUUGUUUUACAGAAUUAAGUGUAAUGAAUAAAAUAAGGAAGAAUAAGCUAUCCAAAGCAAUUUACUUGAUGCAGAAAACCCUUCUAAUGUUUGAGAAAGAUGCAACCUGUACAUCUCUACAUAACUUCUUGACGGAAGCAUAUUCUUUAAUUGAGAAGACCGAAGCAGAACAAAGUGUACUGUAUUCAUAUCAGAAAUGUGUGGAAGUUGCCAAAAGAAAGAAAAGCGGAGUCCCUCCUCCACCCAUCCUGCUAGCCCGAACUCAUUGUUCUGUGACGUUAAAACCUGCUCCAUUUAUUUCUGAUGUUAAGGUCUCCUGGUACUGCAUUUUGGGUUGCAAAGCAGAAGGGAGCUAUGGAAAAGUAAGACUAAACAAUAAUCAUCUCCCAAACUCAGGAGAAGCGAUACCGGCUGAUGGCAAAAGCGUUUUUGAAGUAAAAGGUUUAGAAACCAAUGAAAAGUACAUCUUUGCACUUGCUGCUUAUUGUUCUAAUGGAAAGCUUAUUGGUGAUGCUAUUGGGGAGACGACUAAACCAAUUCUGGUUUACCCACCUCUUUCUGCUGUCACUGCUCGGAUGUUAUUGACACAGGUCGCCUAUCAGAUUGGUAACUAUGAAUUGGCUAAGAAAGUUUUCUCACCAGUUUGGGAUUAUUUUGUUGCUUCACCACUUCAGGAUGACCAAUCCAUUAUUAGUUUAAGCAAUAUAAUGACUAUUACACAGAGAAGAUUACAUUCAGAUAUUUUGGCAGAGAGUUCUUCAAUUCUCUUAUAUCUUUUUCUUAGAAAUAUUUUUGUAACAAGUGACAUUAAAAUUAAAGAAGAAAAUCUUUUCUGUGAUAAUAUUAAAGGCAAUGAGAUUUUCCCCUCUCAACAAAUUGCUAGACUAACUGAAUGUGAGAGAGUAUUAGUGGCAUUGGAACUGAGCAACUACCUAAAUGAUUCCAGUUAUGCCCUUCAAGCUGUUACUCAAUGUUACGGCCUCCUUGCUCCUAUCAUCUAUCACAAUAUUGUUUUGGUACCUGUUGUACGGAUCUUGAUAAAGUGUGUUGUGGUUUUGCAAGGACUACCAAAUAUUCACUCAAAGAAACAUAUUGCGAGCUUUGAAAGUGUACAGCACAUGAUAGCUUGUUGUAUCUUCUACAUAACAAAGAUUCUGCGUUCAUGGAAGGAAUAUGACCUGGCAGUAAUGAUUAUAAAUUAUGGAAAAAAGAUGUUGGACAUCACAUCAGGGUGCAAAUCUCUGUUUGGUGUUACUGACCAAGAAGAAAUGCCAGAGGAGGGUUCUUCCAAGAAGUCUUCCAAGACUAAGAAGCCACAGCAGAUAUUAUUACCUGAGAAAAUAAAUGAACAGCUGGGUUUAUUGGAGACACACCUACUCAAACUGACAAAGCAAUAUGAUACAACUGAACUCUCAGGAACAGAGGAUCCCAUAUUUCUUUACCCUAUAGUUUUAAAUUGGUCGGUCAAAGGUGCUGUGAAAGAAGUUAUGAAAUUUAAGCAGAGACCUAGAUUCCUGGAAUUCUUUACACAAGUUAUGCAAAAAUGUAUGAGUGAUGAAAAAUUUCAACUUAUGGUGGAGAUAACAAAUCCUGUCUAUGACUUCUUGAAAAGGAGGAAUGAGUCCCUACUUGGAAUAAAAAAAAUGAAAUAUAAGGACAAUACUUUGUGUAAAAAGGUCAUCAAACCUACGAAGAAGUUCAGAGCUGCAGUAGUGGAGAUUGGAAGAACUACAGAAAUGAAGCCCAGACAGAGAUCUAAAAAAAACGAAACUCUAAGAGAAUUUUUGAAUAAAAAUCCUUUUAUUUCUGAAAUGGCGGAGCAAGAAAGAAAUAAGAGAGCUGAUGUUCGAAAAGUAGCACAUCGAUUCCUGGUAGAUAACUUGAAUCCUUUAAUAUUAAAUUAUGUUAAAAAGAAGAGGUUUCAUCAAAUAUUUCUUGAGGAGAUGCCCUGGAAAGCUCAGAUGAACCUGUAUCUGGCAAGCGCACACUUCAGCCUGCUUUUAACAACGCUAGGGGAACGUACAAAGAUAAAAUUUGGUUCGUCAUUGGUAAUGGUCAGUUUCCGAUCAUUUGAUCCUAAUAUGUUCUCACUGUAUAAUUCAGGAACAGUAUUACCAACAGGAAAAUUGACUCCAGAAAACUAUAAAGUGAUGCUUGAUUUCCUUCUUACAGCUGAAAAAAGAAAGGCUCACUUACCAUCAGAUGCAGAAGAAUUUUCGGCAUUUCUUAAUUCCAACAUGAGUGAUGAAAAUGUUUCCAAGACACAAACAAGUUAUGAAUCAGACUCUCAGUCAGGUCUCAGUGGUAAAGAAAAGGAUCACUCAGCAAAUGUGGGUCUCUUGGAUCAUUUUAUGAAAAUCUUUUUAUAUUGCAGGAGAGCAAUGGUUCUUGCUCAUCGUGGCGGCUAUUGGACACUGCUUCAGAACUGCUGUCGGGCUCUUUGGAACUUUACUCAGGAGCUACAAAUACUUCAUAAACAAGCAGUGGAUCUGUAUAAAACAUUUCCUAUUAGCCAGGACGGUUUCCUCUGUACCUCUGUUUUACCAUUCUAUUUGGGAGCAGAAUUACUUAUUGACAUGUUAAUAGAACUACAAAAUAUCAGUUCUGUUAAGACUGUUGAAGAAGAAGGAGAGUUCAGUGUUCCAAGUUGCUAUGGAAAUAUUAAAAAUGAUAACGGUGGUUCUAGCCUUACCUUUGAGCAUCCUCUGGAUGAUGUCAAUGUGGUUGAUUUGAAAUGGAUCCACGACUUUGUAUUAAAAUCUCUGGAACUUGUAUAUCAAGUAGAAAAAUGGGAAACACUUGUAUCACUUGCCAUUCAGUUCAAUACAGUUUCGCAUGAGAGAUAUACAGAGCAAGUGACGCCACUCCUGGUGUACGCACAGCACCAGCUGCUUCUACGAAUAUCCAAGUGCAAGGGCCCAGAUAUUACCCAACAGCCUUGCGUAAGAUACGAGGCUGAAUAUGAACAGAAGAUAACCUGCCGAAAUUUCACUGGGAAACAGCUCAAGAUUAAUCCUGUAACCAAUAAAGUGACAACUAUAGGACAUCAGGCAGAUUUCCUUAAAAAUCUUAUCUCUUCAGAAUACAGCAAAGCCAAAGAGCUCCUCUGUGUGCCCGUGGAUGUGACAGACACUUUGAGAUGUUUUAGAGAGACCUUGGAAAAAUCUAAAUAUCAAAACAGAUCAAUCCGACACAGCAGAAAGUUGCUUUCGUUAUUUCUUGCCCAGACACAAGGAGACAAAGGAGGAAUGAACAAUUUAAAAUUCACUACCGGAAAGGUGGAGUUUUGCCUGGGGACAGAAGAGAUGCACAUGCCAGCACCCCCUGACCUUUCUCAGGAGCACUUCCAAGUUUUCACCUCAGUGGAGAAAAGCAAACUUCCCUCCUCACAACUUGGACUCGUAAUUUCUUCUUAUUAUGAAACUAUUAAUGUUCUUCAAGCCAGCAAUGAAAGAAGUCUUAACGUUCAGGCAUUGCAUGAACUUGGAAGUCUUCUUGUCUUCGCACAAAAGAAAAGGGCUGCUUUUAAAUGUUGGAGUCAAGCUCUUGAUGACAUAUUCAGGAAACAAGACGUGCUCCAUACAUGGAAGGAGUUUGGCAGCUCACUCACCAAUGCCACUGACAGCUGUUCACCUCCAGGUUCCAAAGACUACAGUGAGGAGUUUCUGUCAAAAGCUGGCAUUUGGGGAUGUUUGCAAGGAGCGGUGAUAUCAGCGAAGAUAGCACAAUUUAUUCAGACAUUGGACGUUGAAAGGAGAACCAACUGUUGCCUUUUGUCCGGGUUGCUCUUUCAGGGUUUGCUUAGAACCACACUUGCACACCCUAAAGCUGAACGUUGCUAUGCUCAGUAUGAAAUCACUCAGCUUCUUCCAGGCAUCGAGCUCUUCUCGGACAGAUACCGGGCUGACAUCUGCUCUGUAGUUGCAAGUCUGUAUUACGUAAUCCGCGAACUGCACUUUGCUAAGCAAAAUCUAAUAAUUCUGCCUCUUCUUGCAUUGUACCAAUAUUUUGUUUCUGGAAUUUGCCAAGACCUAGUCAGAAAUCUAGAAGCAAGAAUCCUCAAGAUAGAAGUCCUUAUAGAUUUAGGAUUCUUUUCCGAAGCCUUUCAUGAGAUAUCCCAGAUUUUUUAUGGAAAAAACAUGCCUUCUUCAGUACCCGCUGGCUGUAAAGCUACUGGAAGAAUGAAGGUAUUUCAAUCAUUUGACUCGGGAAAACCUCUUACUAGUAAAGAAAAUAUGCAGGCACUUGAUGAUUUAAUAAACAAAGGCUUGCCUCUAAUCCUGGUUACAGUCGGUCAGCAACAUCUCUUAAAUAAGUUUGCCUUUGUUAAAGCAUACUUUUUAAUAAAUGUGGCUGCAACAAUAAACUGUGUCCCAGAACAUAUAAUGAAACCAGUCUGCCAUGGACUUAUUGAUGAGAAAAACAGACCAAACCUACCAAACUUGAAAGAGGUGUGUUUAAAGGAUGAGGGAGGCUUACUUUGUCAGCUUACAAAAAUGAAAGAGGACUUCGCACUUAGCACACUAAAGUCAGUUUUACUGACAGAAGCUGAAGACGGGCUCAGCUUCCUUGUGUCGGAGACGGAGCGUCCAGGCCGUAAGAACCUCUCUCAGAGUUCGGCUGGCGAGCUAGAGAUCGUGGUGGAGGCCAGGCUGCAGCUGGCUGCGGUCGUCCUGCAGAGACACCGGGCAGCAUACAGUGCUGCGAUAGUAUUUUCCACACUUAAACUUCUCCAGGAUUCAAAACUUUUUAAAAAGAAGGUAGUAGAAGAUGACACAGAGAAUUCCAUCUCUCCAGGAGAUUAUGCCACUGAAAGUAAAGAUGAAAAUGAGUUUUUAGAUCCCAUUUCCCUAAAUUCUCGAGAAUAUUUCAACAUUCAUCUGUGGUUGAGGUGCCGCUUAGCAUUGGUGACUGCGUUUGUUGCCCAGAUUCGUGGCAUUGGAAUCGUGAAAGAAAACGAUAUAACAGAUUGUGUGAGCCUCAUCAAUGAAGUUUGUGUGGAAGCAAAAAGUGCAGGCGACAGGGAGCUACAGGCUGAAUUCUUGAUGCAAGCUGUAAUCAUUGGCCUACAAGAAAAGCACUUAAAAGCAGACAUCAUAAAAAACCUUCAGGAUGUAAUACAGUUGCUUGAAGGACGUGAGUUUAUUUCUCCUCGAUCUCAUUUAACACUGGUGAGAAGCAUGCUUUUAUUGGAUGACUUAACAAAAGCCGAGAAAUUCAAGGAAACUCCCUCUUCGAAAACAGAAAAAUUAUAUUUGUUAACUCAGUCUCACAACAUUCUUAUUGAACAGAUGCUAACUUUUGGAGAAACAAUUGAAUUUCCUAUAUCAAACACUGACUAUGCAAGUCCAUUACUGCCAUUGAAAAAUAUCUAUCUUCCUCACGUCAUGUUAUUGGCCAAAACAAAAAUGAGAAUUGGACAUACAGUGGCCAAGCAAGUAUAUUAUACCAGUGAAAAGAAGGAUCCCUCAAAGUGGUUACCUGCCCUUCAUCUUUUUGAAAUAGCUUUGAAGCUCGCUAAGACAUCAGGAACAGAAGAACAAGAGGUGGAAGCUGAAAUCUUUUUUCAGAAAGGCAAAAUAGAAUGUCAAAUAUCGAUGGAAGAGAAAUCUCCAACUUUGCAACUUGAGAGUCUAUUUGAAGCUAUACAACUGAGCUUGAGACAUGAUCAAAACUCAGGGUUGAUAAGAGACUCCUACCUCGAAAUAGCCCUGUUAUUUUUGCACAUGAGGAAGCCAAAGAGCAAACUUUCAGCAUCACCAUUAACACUUCUUAAGGCUCUUCCCAGAAGGCAUAGUUCUAUUAAAGAACCAACAGUAAAUAAAUCUGAAAUGCACAGUUUAUUUGCCUGGAUUGCAAUAAGAGCUGCUGCACAGGUCAGUGAGGCUGUGCUGGCAGUCAACCUACUUAUCGGAAAGAAGAAUUCUAGAACUGAUAAAGUUAGUCAACGGGCAUUACCGAAUAUCCCAGAAUUUGCCACCAUGGAUCUUUUGUCUUCAUACACAGAUUAUUUGCUUGACAACUACCAAGUUGCCUUCCAGACUGCCUGUACCUUCUCUUACCCUAGUGAUGAGAUAUAUGAGAAUGUAGAUACUGGGAAAAAAACCCCAAUUAAAGUGGAUAUUACAUGGAUUCUUCUGCUGCGCUAUUAUAUUCACCUGCAAAGAAUUAAUAAUAUGAGCAAACUGCUAGCAUCUCUGAAGCCAGGAUCUGGAAUGUCUUUGCCAGAUGACACACUUCUCACUUCUCUUUUCAACUCUGGAUUGAUUUUGCGCCAAAAAGAAAUGCAUUUUUUCCUUAAAAGAUUCUUACAGCUAUAUUCUUCUUCUUGUAUUGACGAAUUUCCAAAAGAACUAUUUCAAGUCAUAGAAAAUCCAUCUUUUCCAGAAAAAUUCUUAUAUGACUCAUCAAGCAAGCUAGGAACAACUGACAGUUCUCUACACUCCAAUUUGUCAUUAAAACUGUUUGCCAGCCCAUCAUAUGGAGAUGUGGUGUCCUCAGUUGUAGCAACACAAGCUUUAAACAAAGAACUUUGCUUUCAGUGGUACAUUCCUCCCCUGGAAAAACCUCCAAAGGAAACAGAACCUAUGGUGUUAUUGUUGUAUGCCUAUAAUAUGAAGCCCCUGAAUAUUUCAGAUGUUACAUCUACUGCUUACAACAAUGUAUAUGUUGGCUCUUUCUGGGUUCCACUAAACAGAGUUAUUUCAGUUCACGAGAAAUUAUCUAAUCUUAUGCAAAUCGCUGAAAUAUCAUUGCCUACAACUCCUAAAGUUACUUCAAAUGAAAAUGUAUCUCAAGUAGAAGAAACGGAAGAGGAAUCAAUUGGUAAAGAAAUGGAAAACAUGAUUAUUGAAUGUUGCUCUGAAAUAGUAUCUUUGUUUUUGCCUGAUGAAGAGGCAACUCCACUAUCUGAGGUCCCAUUUGAUAUCUCGCUGCCAUCUAUGUUCAGUCUUGAGAGACUUUUUGAUCUUGCUAGUGGUUGUAUCGUAUCAGAAGGAAGCCUUUUCAACUGGAUGGUGUCGAUUAUUCCCUGAACAUCCUUUACAUGUUAACCUUAUAAAGGAUUUAAUUGUUACU